UAUACCUUGGAAGCUUCAACCAUGGUGUUUUUUCACACUUCAAGCAACACGUCCUUGUCUCCCACUUCCACUUCUUCACUUCCAACCUCCCCUACAUCUUCAAUGGUGGAACAAACCAUUCAAAAUGCCGAAUCAAUCAUAAAAAAAUGGGACCUAAACUCUUCCUCAUUAAUCACAAUCACCCCUCUCUUUCACCCUAACAGAAAAGAAGCUAAAGACUACCUCAAAUGCGUUAUGGAUCUUCGUGGAACUAUGCAUUUUCUAGUUUCUCAAAAUUCGGCUCCCCAUAAGCUCGUCAUCGCUCAAACCCUCAUGCAAAUCGCCAUGAAAAGGCUUGAAAAAGAGUUUUAUCAGAUACUAUCGUCCAACCAUGAGCGGCUCGAUCCCGAAUUGGUUUCGACGAGUCUGUCAUCCGAUGGUUCAGCCAGUUUUGAUGUCGAAGAAGAUGAGGCUGAUCAGCUGAAAAUAGCUGGCGAGUCUAUCAGCGAAGUGGAGAGGGUCUCAGCGUUAGCAAUGGCGGAUUUGAAAGCCAUUGCUGAGUGCAUGAGCAGUUCUGGCUAUGGCAAAGAGUGCGCCCACAUUUACAAAUUGUUCAGAAAAUCGAUAGUGGAUCGAGGACUGUAUCUUCUUGGCAUUGAAAAGUUCAAAUCUUCCCGAAUCAACAAAAUGGAUAGGGAAUAUCUCCAUCUUACAAUCAAGAACUGGUUGAAUGCAGUCAAGAUCGCUUUGAAAUCACUCUUCAAUGGCGAAAAAAUUCUCUGUGAUCAUGUUUUCUCGGCAUCUCAAACUAUAAGAGACGCUUGUUUCGCUGAAAUAACCACGGAAGGAGCCAAGAAUCUCUUCAAGUUCCCCGAACUCAUCGCCAAGAAUAAGAACUCACCGCCGGAUAGAAUCUUCCGGCUACUCGAACUCCACGGAGCGAUCUCCGAACUCCGGCCGGAUAUCGAGUCGAUAUUCAACGUUGAAUUGACUUCAGCCAUUAAACUCCAGGCCCUUUCAUCACUGCAAAAAGUUGGUGGCUCGGUUAAAACAUUGCUCACCAACCUCGGAUCAUCAAUCCGAAAAGACUCAUCCAAAACACCGGUUCCAGGCGGAGGAAUUCAUCCCCUCGCUCAAUCCACGAUGAGUUACUUAUCUUCCCUGUCCGAUUAUGAUCGGAUUCUCACCGAUAUCAUAUCGAUUCAUCCACCGAUAGACAACGCACUAUUUCCGGAAUCUUACUUUAACGAUCCUACCGUCAUCGAAGCUCCGAAGCAAGCCGCUUCUGUCCAUCUUGCAUGGUUAAUAUUGAUCCUUUUAUGCAAGAUUGACAGUAAAGCACAACUAUACGAAGAUCUGUCACUUUCAUAUAUUUUCUUAGCAAACAAUCUUCAGUUCAUCAUCAAUCAAGUUCAGACAAGUACCCUCAAACAUCUCUUAGGUCAUCAAUGGUUGUCCCGACACACCCAGAAGAUCAAACAACAUGCUUUGAGCUACGAAUCAGUUGCUUGGAAUCGGGUUUUCGAAUCUUUGCCCGAAAGAACAACAUCAGAGUUGUCGUACGAAGCAGUAAAAGACUGUUUCAAAAGAUUCAAUGCUGCUUUCGAACAAGUUUAUGUGAAACAGAUUUCGUGGAUCGUACCCGAUGGGAAGUUAAGAGAUGAAUUGAAGGUUUCGAUCGCCGGAAAACUUGUGCCGGUUUAUAGAGAAUUCUACGAAACGUUUUCGACGAAAUUGAAUGCGGAUUUCGUGAGGGUUUCGCCUGAUGAUUUGGGGAAUUACUUGUCGGAUUUGUUCCACGGAACCCGGAUUUCGUCGAGUUCUUUGUUACAAUCUUCGUCUCAGUCAAAGGGUUGUCUUCUUCGAUGAAUGCUACAAUUCAAGAGCUGUGAAUUCAGUGUCUGGUUUACAAAAUCUAUGCAAUUCGUUUCCUUCUUGAUGUUUGGUUUUAAUUUAUUGUUUUAGAGAUUCAGAUUGGUAAGUUUGAAAUGUUUAAUGUAUGACAAUCAAAGGAUGAUGAAGUAUGAACAGAGUUACAGGAGAACUUUGGAUGAAUUUGGAUUCCUUGGUUGUGUUUGGAAUAAUACAAGUACCCAAACUCAAAUUUUACCACUAA